AUAGCUAUUACACCUCAAAAUUACAGGUUCUUCACAAUUGAAGUUGUAUUUACCCUCCACUUCUUGCAGAUUCUUCUUUGAAUCGCUGUCCGAUCGUUCUAAAUAGAGCAUGAAGUUGCAAACCCUCAAUUCAUCAUUGCUUGAAAACUUGGAACCCAUGUUAAACGAAUCAAUCUACCACUUUCUAGUGGAGCUUCAGAAAGGUAGAACCGAUUUUUCAGAACUCGGCUCAAUUUUCUUCCGUUUGAUCCAGACGAUGACAGACCCACCUCUUGAAUUCAUCUGGUUUUAUUCUGCACUCACAUUCCACUCGGCUAAGUCAACUACCUUAAGAGAUUCACAUAAUCUUUUGUUGUCUGUUAAAGACUUGUUUCACUCCUUAGUUUCCUUUCGGAACCCCUCUGGUAUCAGUUCAUUGAAGCAAGUGUCUCUUCUCGCCCCAGUUUUAUCCCAAUUAGUGAACUUUAAGAUUGAAAUUUCUAGCUUUAAAUCAGAGUUCGAGGGUUUAGUGGAUGCAAUAGUUACUCACAUCGUUGUAUGUUGUAAUAACGAAUUGGAAGACCAAGAGGUUGUGGUUGGUAAAUCAACGGUGAGUUGGGUUGGUCUAGUGCCGGUUUGGAUCGCUGAUCAGGUUGGGGAGAAUCGAGGUUGCGUAGAUGGUUUGCAGUUGUUUUUACCUCUUUCAACUGAUGAUAUUCGUCGCGGAAUUGGUGGGGAUUGUGGGAUGGCUUACCUUGCUGGGGUUGUUAUGAUCGAGUCCUUUUUGUUGAGGUUGUGUCUGAUGUUUCAUCCAGGAGUUUCACGGAAGGAAUUGCAUAAGGAUGUGAAGAUUCAUGCUGCUCAGAUUAUCAAGGGGUUCAAGAAGAAUUCAACCUUUCUAGUUAUGCUUUUCAAGGUGCUGUUGGAACCAAGGUUGCCUGUUGCAGAGCUAUUGACCAUGACUGAUGAACUCCUCCUCAGGCGACUGCUUUUUGAUGUUGCAUUGGAUUUCGGGUGCUUUCUGAGUUGUGAUACCUCCUCUUGGCUCUCGGAUGAUCAGUACAAAAAGAUUGUCAUCUUAUGGUUGUUUGUCACAAACUCAGCGCUGCAGUUUGCAAGUGAAAAUGGUGACCAUGUCAGAGUCGAUUCUUAUCUCAACGCCUUUUUGGCGUCUCAGCUCCCCGGUCAGAUAAUUUCUUGGGUUACUGGUGGAACAAGUACAAAACCAACUGCACCUCAUAAUUCCUCCCCGAAGGAGCUUAUCGGCUGGCUGUUGGUUUUGGAAAAACAGGGAAUUAAGAUAUGUGAUCACAGCAUCUCAGAAUUACACGAAAAAUCUGUGAAAUACAAGUUGGAUGGAAUCGAACAGGGAGCGAAAGAUGGGGAAACUAUGGUUGAGGAUGCACCCAUAAGGAUCAACGGGAGAAGAAAACGAGAUAGCACGGGGGAGGUACAAAAGCAGAUCAAGGUUAUAAAAUGCUGUCACGAGAAUCUGGGCGACGAUGUUUUUUGUGGUAAAAGUGAAGUCGGAAACUCGGUCUCUGAUCAAGAGAUGGUAGAUAUGGUCCGGUGAGGCGAUCAAUUGCAUUGGCAGUUGUACGAUGUUCUAAAAAUGUAAACAUAUUGGUUUAGAGUAAGUAAAUUUGAUAGAGUUGAUUUAAGGCGGUUAGGGCUUGCUUGUUAGCAACUUAAUAAGCUUAAUGGUACUUACAGCUUAUUUGGUCAGC